CAUUAUAGCCAUAUUUUUGCAAAUAACUGGGGUAGAGACUAAUCUUUAUCCUGGAAAACUGUUGAGCAGCUUGGGGGAAUGGAAAUCGCCAGCUAUCUCUCCGAGAUAAUUCUGAUCACAGGAUUACUCCCAGUUUCGAAGAUAAUCCCCUCAUUUUCUUCCCGAAUAACACUUUAGUCCAGUUAGUAAGUACGAAUUUUACCGGCACCGACAAAAGUUAAUGAAAGAAAAUGGGUCAACUUGUCGGUCGUAUGCCCAAAACUUGGCAAGACUUAAUGGAGGAACGUGAUCGUGUGCUGCACUGGAGUUGCGAAGUCUUGGCUCGUGUUGACGACAAUAUCAACAAUGAGGAGGCCUUUUUGAUGGACUACGAUAACAAGAGAAUAAGAGAAAAAGUCAAUCGGUGGAUUUCAGAGCACAGAAUACGCAGGGAUCCAUGUCUCAGGGAUUUUCUUGACAAGAGUCGAGUUUACAGGGAACGAAUUAACGAAGGAGUGACUAAGAUUGCCACUGCAGUGAUGAAUAAAAUGAGGAGGGCAUACCGUGAGUCGUACAAGAACGUAAGAAAGUUCACGAAUCGUGUGGAUCUCCUGGGUGAAAUACAGAGAAAGAUACACAGGGAAAUACUCACGUUGGACAAUUCCUGCAAGGAUAAUCCCAAGAAAUUCGCGAGGAAACUUUUCAAAUUGAGAUCGUGGGUGUUCGACAAUCUCGAGAGUAGUGAGAAAAUUAUGUUUGUGGAGAAGAGACGGUUUGAUGAUUUUAGAAAGAAAGUUUACGACAUUGAUCGUAAAUCCAGAGAUGAGUGUUACGAGAUGUUGGAGAAACUGAUUCGACGAGUUUAGAGGCAAAUAAACAGCUCUGGUGGUUGCAAGUUCAUUCCACUAGACUUUUUUUCCCUCGAAUACGUGAGGUACCACGGGGGAAUCAUGAAGAAUCGGUGAACGUGCUGGAGUUGAGUGAUCGAUCUCUACGGACCAUGGCCGUGAAAAUAUAGCCGUGAAAAUAUAUGGAAAUGGUCCCAUCGUUGGGGUAGGCUCUCUUAGAGACUACCACCACUCGGAGAACAGGAGGUGACAAGAAGCUUAUCGCUUACUCUUCAACAUUAUUUUCACUUAAGACUUGCGCACACACUUCCAAUUCUCUAUUUUUAUUAUGCAAAUCUCAAUAUUUCUCAUUAAUUCAUCCAAUAAAUGAAAGACACUCCCCAAACGUCUUCAUUUUAAGAGAAUAAUUAAACAAAAUUGCUACUCUUAGGAAAAAAUAAAACCUUCAUUUCGACUCUAUUUGUAAUAA